CCAGCGACCCGCCCGCCAUGGGGGACGAAGACGAGGAUGAGAGCUGCGCCGUGGAGCUGCGGAUCACUGAAGCCAACCUGACCGGGCACGAGGAGAAGGUGAGCGUGGAGAACUUCGAGCUGCUCAAGGUGCUGGGCACGGGAGCCUACGGCAAGGUGUUCCUGGUGCGGAAGGCGGGCGGGCACGACGCGGGGAAGCUGUACGCCAUGAAGGUGCUGCGCAAGGCGGCGCUGGUGCAGCGCGCCAAGACGCAGGAGCACACGCGCACCGAGCGCUCCGUGCUGGAGCUGGUGCGCCAGGCGCCCUUCCUGGUCACGCUGCACUACGCUUUCCAGACGGAUGCCAAGCUGCACCUCAUCCUGGACUAUGUGAGCGGCGGAGAGAUGUUCACCCACCUCUACCAGCGCCAGUACUUCAAGGAGGCUGAGGUGCGCGUGUAUGGGGGUGAGAUCGUGCUGGCCCUGGAACACCUGCACAAGCUCGGCAUCAUUUACCGAGACCUGAAACUGGAGAAUGUGCUGCUGGACUCCGAGGGCCACAUUGUCCUCACGGACUUCGGGCUGAGCAAGGAGUUCCUGACGGAGGAGAAAGAGCGGACCUUCUCCUUCUGUGGCACCAUUGAGUACAUGGCCCCGGAAAUCAUCCGUAGCAAGGCGGGGCAUGGCAAGGCUGUGGACUGGUGGAGCCUGGGCAUCUUGCUCUUCGAGCUGCUGACGGGGGCCUCGCCCUUCACCCUGGAGGGUGAGAGGAACACGCAGGCUGAGGUGUCUCGACGGAUCCUGAAGUGCUCCCCUCCCUUCCCCCCUCGGAUCGGGCCCGUGGCGCAGGACCUGCUGCAGCGGCUGCUUUGCAAGGAUCCCAAGAAGCGAUUGGGCGCGGGGCCCCAGGGGGCACAGGAAGUCCGGAACCACCCUUUCUUCCAGGGCCUAGAUUGGGCUGCUCUGGCUGCCAGGAAGAUUCCAGCCCCAUUCCGGCCCCAAAUCCGCUCAGAGCUGGACGUGGGCAACUUUGCAGAGGAAUUCACUCGGCUGGAGCCUGUCUACUCACCCCCUGGCAGCCCCCCACCUGGGGACCCCCGCAUCUUUCAGGGAUACUCCUUUGUGGCACCCUCCAUCCUCUUCGACCACAACAAUGCGGUGAUGACCGAUGUGCUGGAAGCGCCUGGUGCUGGAGACCCGCCAGGUCGGGCAGCGGUGGCCAGGAGCGCUAUGAUGCAGGACUCGCCCUUCUUCCAGCAGUACGAGCUGGACCUGCGGGAGCCUGCUCUGGGCCAGGGCAGCUUCUCUGUGUGUCGCCGCUGCCGCCAGCGCCAGAGCGGCCAGGAGUUCGCAGUCAAGAUCCUCAGUCGCAGGCUGGAGGCGAACACGCAGCGAGAAGUGGCUGCCCUGCGCCUGUGCCAGUCACAUCCCAACGUGGUGAAUCUGCACGAGGUGCAUCACGACCAGCUGCACACGUACCUGGUUCUGGAGCUACUGCGGGGUGGGGAGCUGCUGGAGCACAUCCGCAAGAAGCGGCACUUCAGUGAGUCGGAAGCGAGCCAGAUCCUGCGCAGCCUCGUGUCGGCCGUGAGCUUCAUGCACGAGGAGGCGGGCGUGGUGCACCGCGACCUCAAGCCAGAGAACAUCCUGUACGCUGACGACACGCCCGGGGCCCCGGUGAAGAUCAUCGACUUCGGGUUCGCGCGGCUGCGGCCGCAGAGUCCCGGGGUGCCCAUGCAGACGCCCUGCUUCACGCUGCAGUACGCUGCCCCGGAGCUGCUGGCGCAGCAGGGCUACGACGAGUCCUGCGACCUUUGGAGCCUGGGAGUCAUUCUGUACAUGAUGCUGUCGGGGCAGGUCCCCUUCCAGGGGGCCUCUGGCCAGGGCGGGCAGAGCCAGGCGGCCGAGAUCAUGUGCAAAAUCCGCGAAGGGCGCUUCUCCCUUGACGGGGAGGCCUGGCAGGGCGUAUCCGAGGAAGCCAAGGAGCUGGUCCGAGGGCUCCUGACUGUGGACCCCGCCAAGCGGCUGAAGCUCGAGGGACUGCGGGACAGCUCGUGGCUGCAAGACGGCAGCGCGCGCUCCUCGCCCCCGCUCCGGACGCCCGACGUGCUCGAGUCCUCUGGGCCCGCAGUGCGCUCGGGUCUCAACGCCACCUUCAUGGCGUUCAACCGGGGCAAGCGGGAGGGCUUCUUCCUGAAGAGCGUGGAGAACGCACCCCUGGCUAAGCGGCGGAAGCAGAAGCUGCGGAGCGCCACCGCCUCCCGCCGGGGCUCCCCCGCACCAGCCGCCCCGGGUCGAGCCCCCACCGCCGCCAAGGGGGCCCCCCGCCGAGCCAAUGGCCCCCUGCCCCCCUCCUAAUCCCCGCCACUGUGACCCCCUUCCCUCAUAGGGGCUGUGACCUGGGAGCCCGGCUCACUCCUGGAGGCCUCUGCCAGCAGCCGACCUGAUCCCUAAGGGACUGUCCUUCCCUCUCCUACCCCACCCCACUCCCAGACAGAGCAGAAGUAUUUUUAUAAGCAGAGAAUUUUUUAUGUCUUACCAGAUAGAAAUGCAGGGAAGGGGGGGCCUGCUGGGGAGUGGGGUUUGGGGGGCCCUAUCCCACAACACUGCCUCUUCUGGGCAGAAGGCCCCUCCAGGGGGACUGCUCCAACAGGAAAGGGCCCCUCCCCCACUUCUAAGCACUGAGUUAGGAGUGCUAACUCCUAAACUGGGACCCCCUCCCCUGUUCUCCCCUGAGGCCCCGUUCCUGGGAGGGUCACCCCUCAACUGUCACUUUAUGGACUGUCUGUGCAAUUACGUCCACCAAAGACCUGUGUUGGGGGGACUGAAGGAGGGGCCCUGGGGACCCCCUGAAGCAUUUCUGCCUCAUUUUAUGUCACCUGCUUCUCCCCUGUUGGGGCUAAGGAAGGAGAUAGGUGGCCCCUAAAAGAGGAGGCCCUCUUCUCACCCACCCCCUCCCCUUUGGCACAGCUACUCCUGGCUGGGGGUGGGGCCUUGGGGGUCUGGGCUGGGCAUCCAUGGUCACUGCCUCAGCCCACCUAGGCUGUGCCUUUGACUUUAAAAUAAAAGUCCACCCAGUGCUGUGUGUGGCA